GACGACCAAGAACAAGAUCAAGAUGGGAUGUACUUGCAGUGGCCAACGUUUGGACGACAAUGUCCAUAAAAGAAGACAUUCUCAGGAUUCCUACGCGUCUAAUCACACGGUUUGGGGCGGAAACACUUAUUGUGACAACGAUGAUGUGGUGUUUGUGGCGCAGCAUGACUUCAAGCCAACCAACCACAGAGAUCUCUCAUUCGGGAAGGGGGAUCAGUUCCAGGUGCUGCAAGAGAACGGAGAAUGGUUGCUGGCUCGGUCGUUGUCCACCGGACACGAGGGUUUCAUACCCUCUAAUUACGUCGCAAGAGCCGACACGCUGGAGGUGGAGAAGUGGUUCUUUAAGGACCUGAGCAGAAGAGAAACCGAAAGGCUGCUCCUGGCGCCCGGAAACAAACCAGGGGCCUUCCUCAUCCGGGAAAGUGAGACGUGUAAAGGUUCCUUCUCGCUGUCCGUCAGAGAUUUUACAGCGGAAACGGCCGACGUGGUGAAGCACUACAAGAUCCGCUCCCUGGACAACGGAGGCUACUACAUCUCCCCGUCCAGCACCUUUUCCUCCCUGCAGGAGCUGGUCAAACACUACACAUGUACGGCUGACGGUUUGUGCCAGCGUCUGUACGCCCCCUGCAAGAAGAAGCCCCCCUUGCAGCCAUGGGCUCCGGACGAAUGGGAGAUCCCCAGAGAGACCCUAAAACUGGUGAAGAAACUCGGGGCCGGCCAGUUUGGGGAAGUGUGGAUGGGCUACUAUAAGAACAUGCUGAAGGUGGCCGUGAAGACCCUAAAGGAGGGCACCAUGGAGCCGCACGCCUUCCUGCAGGAGGCCAACCUGAUGAAGCAGCUGCAGCAUGAACGGCUGGUGCGACUGCACGCUGUGGUCACAAAGGAGCCCAUUCUCAUCGUCACAGAGUUCAUGGUCAAUGGGUGCCUACUGGACUUCUUAAAAACGGACGACGGAAAAAGGCUGAGGCUCAAUAAGCUGAUAGACAUGUCAGCACAGAUAGCGGAAGGCAUGGCGUACAUCGAGAGCCAGAACUCCAUCCACCGAGAUCUGCGAGCCGCAAACAUCCUGGUCAACGACACGUUGCACUGUAAAAUCGCAGACUUUGGUCUGGCCAGGCUGGUGGAGUCUGAAUACACGGCUCAAGAAGGUGCUAAGUUUCCCAUCAAGUGGACAGCCCCAGAGGCCAUCAACUUUGGCACAUUCAGCAUCAAAUCAGACGUGUGGUCCUUUGGAAUCCUCCUGACAGAAAUUGUCACCUAUGGACGAAUACCAUACCCCGGGAUGACAAACCCGGAGGUGAUCCGAAACCUGGAGUGCUCGUUCAGGAUGCCGUGUCCAGAAGGCUGUCCUGAGGAACUCUACCAGAUCAUGAAGGCCUGCUGGAAGGAAAGGCCCGAGGAGCGGCCCACGUUUGAAUUCCUGCAAAACAUCCUCAACGAUUUCUUCGUCGCCACCGAGGGACAAUACGAAAUGCAGCCGUGAUUAAAAAUUGGGUCGUAGGUGACGCCAUUGUGGAUUCUGACAGGACAACAUACAUGGACUUGGAUGUAAAGCAGUUAUCAGACGGGCAAAGGUCAACACAGGGAAACAUCUGCAUGGUUUACACACACACACACACACACAC